UUUCUUUCGUUUUACUACAUAUCCAUGGACCUUCAGUUUUCCAUAGACCAGCCAUUUGGCAUCAGACUAUAUCCUUACUUUGAACAGGUCUACCAGAUCAUCACUGGUAGACCUGCAAAUACCUUUGUAUUUGCACCUGGUGUCACGCCGCUUUCAACCAACAACGAAGUCCUCUUUGCAUGUGUGCUCUAUCUUGUGGUUAUCUUCGGCACAGCAAACUAUAUGAAGUCCUUCAAACAACCCAUACCACUGAAGGCAGUCUUUAUGUUACACAACGUUUUAUUAACCGGUGCUUCACUUGCGCUACUUCUCCUGUUCAUUGAGCAACUGACACCUAUCAUUGCACGACAUGGAGUUUUCUACGCUGUUUGCAACGACUCUGCAUGGACACAACCCUUGGAAUUGCUGUAUUAUCUUAAUUAUCUCGUAAAGUACUGGGAAUUGGCUGAUACUGUGUUCCUGGCUUUGAAGAAGAAGAAGCUUGAGUUUCUACACUACUUUCAUCACAGUGCUACCAUGGUGUUGUGUUAUACUCAAUUGUGCGGAAAGACAUCCGUGUCGUGGGUUCCAAUCACGCUGAAUUUGGCUGUACAUGUCGCUAUGUACUAUUAUUUCUUCAGAACGGCUGCAGGCGCUAAGAUUUGGUGGAAGCAGUACCUUACUACCAUGCAAAUCGUUCAAUUCGUCAUCGACCUUGGCUUCAUUUAUGUUUGUAGUUUCUAUUAUUUUGGAUACGCUCACUUCAACAUCUCCACCAAAUGUGCCGGAGAGGAUGUCGCGGCUGCAUUCGGAUGCGGCCUGCUUACGAGUUAUCUCUUCCUCUUCAUCAACUUCUACUUCAAAACCUACAAGGCAAAGAGUAAAACCAUGAGCAAGGCGAAGGCUGUCAGCUCAGCUGGUCUUGUGACUGUGGAAACCAAGGAGGGGUCAGGGCAAGUCCUGAAUGGCGGGCAAAAAAAGUCAAAGAAGAGCAAACGUUAGAAUGAAUCUUAUUAGCAUU